AUGAACAAAAAAGGUGCAAUAAUCGCCGGCGCGUCGGCCGUCCUAUUAGUUUUAGCGGCCGUGAUUGUGGUCGUCUGCGUUGUGUUUUCGAAGAGAAACCACCAUUCGAGCACCGGCGCCGCCGAGCUCCCGGUGUCGGAGAAACUGCUGAAGGCCUUCUGCCAACCCACUGACCAUAGAGAGACGUGCGAAGCCGAGCUGUCGAAGGCGGCCGCCCAUGCCCGCUCGCCGACGGAUCUCACCGAGGCCAUCUUCCACGUCACGUCGGGGAAGAUCUCCGAGGCAAUCAGCGAGUCCAAGGCGCUCAUCGACGCCCUCCGGAACAUUAGUAAACGCACAUCGCGCGCGCUGCACAACUGCGGGGAGCUGCUCAGCUACGCCGUUGACGACCUCGAGGCGACCCUGGCAAGGCUUCAAGGAGAGGUUCACAGCGUCGGCGAUCUCAAAACCUGGAUCAGCGCCGCGCUCACGUUUCAGGAGACAUGUCUCGACGGGCUCACGGACAGCGCCGAGGCGACGUCCAAGAUGAGCGCCGCGCUCGGCAGCGCGCUAGAGCUCACGGAUGACAUCCUGGCCGUCCUCGACCAGUUGCCGGUGGCGGUGACGCUCCAGGUAGAGGAAGACAAUGCAGUGCCAAACCUGGUGGUCGAGUUGAAGCCUAACAUGACGGUGUCGUCGGACGGCAGCGGGGACUUCAAGACCAUCAACGAAGCUCUGGCCAUGGUGCCUCGCAAGAGCGCGCAGGUCUACGUCCUGUACGUGAAGGCCGGCGUUUAUAGGGAAUACGUGUCGGUGCCCAGUGACGUCAUCAACCUCGCCAUGAUCGGCGAUGGCGCCUCCAAGACUGUCAUAACCGGCAGCAGGAACUUCAUGAUGAACCUCACCACCAAGGACACGGCCACCAUGGAGGCAAUCGGGCACGGCUUCUUCAUGAGGGACAUCAAAGUGGAGAACACGGCGGGGCCUGCGAAGCACCAGGCCGUGGCGCUGCGCGUGCAGAGCGAUCAGGCGGUGUUCCACCGGUGCACCUUCGACGGAUUCCAGGACACGCUUUACGCGCACGCCAUGCGCCAGUUCUUCCGCGACUGCACCAUCUCCGGCACCGUCGACUUCAUCUUCGGCAACUCGCAGGCGGUGCUCCAGAACUGCCUCAUCCUGGCGCGCAGGCCCAUGGACGGCCAGAAAAACACCGUCACGGCACAGGGGCGGCGCAAGAGGCGGUCGGCCGGGGGCACGGUGCUGCACAACUGCACUGUGGCGGCUCAUCCGGACCUGCUAGAGGCGGGCACCGUAGUCAGGACGUACUUGGGGCGGCCGUGGAAGGAGUACUCCCGGACGAUCUAUGUCCAGAGCGAGCUCGGCGCGCUCGUCGACCAGGCGGGGUGGCUCCCUUGGAACGCCAGCAGCUUUGCCUUGGACACACUCUUCUACGCGGAGGUGGACAACCGCGGGCCUGGCGCCGAUACCGGCAAACGCGUCAAGUGGGGCGGCAUCAGGAAUCUCACAUACGAGGAGGCGCAGGAGGAGUUCACAGUCGACACCUUCCUCCAGGGACAACAGUUCAUCCCCAAGUACGGCGUGCCGCUCAUCCGAAGGCUGUUGCCGAGGAGUGUUAGAACUUAG